GACAGUGCCCCGGAAGGAAGUGGCCGGUCCGCCCCGUAUUCCUUCCGCCCCCGGAACUAAUGUUUAGUAUGUGAUCCGUGUUUCUCGGCCGGAGCAGUAAAAGCCUCCAGUGUUUCUUUAUAAAGGAAGAGAACAUCACAAACUGCUGGAUGUGGUUUGAAAAGCUGAAACUAAACUACAAAGAGCAGAGCUGCAGCAGGAUGGAGGUGACUCCCAGCUGGGACCUGCAGGUCAAACAGGAAGUGGUUGUUAAAGAGGAGGAGUCAGACUGUUGGACUCAUCAAGAUUUACCUUCAGACAUCCAGAAAGUGAUUGUUGGUGAAGAACAGCAGCAGGAGUGGAGGUGCAGCCAGGACCUGAACCAAGAACAGGACCAUGACCUGGAGCAGCCAGAGCCCCCACACAUUAAAGAGGACCAGGACCAGGACCAGGACCUGGACCGGACAGGAACUCUCAUCCACAUUAAAGAGGAGCAGGAGGAACCUUGGAGCAGUCAGCAGGGAGAUCAACUUCAGGGACUCACAUUCACUCCUGUCCCUGUGAAGAGUGAAGAAGAUGAAGAGAAACCUCAGUCCUCACAGCUUCAUCAAACACAAACUGAACAGAUGGAAACAGAAGCUGAUGGAAAGGACUGUGGAGGACCAGAACCAGACAGGAACUCUGAUCCAGAGGAGCAGACUGGAGACUCUUCUGGACCAGAGACAGACGACAGCUGGGACUGGCAGGACACCAGAGAACCUCAAACAAGUUCGAACUCUCUGAAGAGUAAAAAUCUUCCCAUCACUCACGGUCUGAAGCCGUACAGCUGCUCCGAGUGUGGGAGGAAGUUCACCUGUAACACACACCUCAAGUCCCACAUGAGAACUCACACAGGAGAGAGACCGUACAGCUGCUCCGUCUGCCACAAAUCCUUCACGCAGAGCGGCUGCCUGCACAGCCACAUGAGCAUCCACACCGGAGAGAAACCCUUCGAGUGCUCGGCCUGCGGGCAGAGGUUCCGACAAAAGAUCCAGCUGACGCAGCACAUGUCGGCGCACGGAGGAGAGACACCGUUCAGCUGCACUGUGUGCGGGAAAGGUUUCAUCCACAGCAGCCAGAUGAAGAUCCACAUGAGGAGUCACACGGGAGAGAAACCGUACAGCUGCUCCGUGUGCGGGAAAGGCUUCAAGAUAGCAGGAAACGUGACCCAGCACAUGAGAGUCCACAGCCGAGAGAAACCGCUCAGCUGCUCCGUCUGCCACAAAACCUUCAGCUGGCCGUACAACCUCAAGAGACACAAAUGUGUCGGCGUUCAGUCGUCACGGCUCCAUCAGAGUCGCUCUGAAGACAGCAGAGAGGUGGAGCCUCCAUCCGGCAGCUCAGGACCAGAACCAGAACCAGAACCAGGACCGGACAAGAACACUCAUCCACAUUAAAUUGAUUCAGAAGUUGUUCUGAUAAGUGCUACACAAGCAACUAUAAUAGUAUUAUUUUUUAUUAUCAUUACAAACCUCAGCAGCUCAGAGUUUACUGUUUUAACCAUGUGUUUAUUAUGUGUGUUGUCUUGCAUAACACAAGUUAUUAUUGAAGAAAAAUCAAUAAACAGAUAUUGUUUGGAUUGCUGCUGUUAUUACUUCAUCAUCCUUUACAGUUUCAGUCGACAACAACUGAAAACACGUCAUUCCAGUUUCACUCAGUGAGAAAUCUCUUCAGAAUGUUUGAAAUCGGUUAAUCUCGUUCAACCAGAUCUGAUCAUUGUUUUAUUAUUGAGCGAGCUUGAGAGAGCCAUGUGUGGAGAGACAAGUGUGCUAUGAUUUGGCAAACGGUUUUCAAAUUAUUCGUCAAAAACACGCCAAAAAAUCCCCCCAAUCUUACCUAAUGGAGAGAUAGAGUGGAUGACAUCAUCACUAGAGUGCAGAGGGAGAGAAAAAAUUGUCAAAAAAUACAUUUGGAAACUACGCUCAAGGCCGCGGAUACCACUCUACAGGAAUAAUUUAUACAUAGAAACUUAGAAAAUUUGUCUUCUCCCUCACAUUGGUGUGGUAAAGCUGUCAUAGUUCUAGUUUGGGUGUAGAGAUGAUCUACCAACACCACCCACAGCCGCAUAGACCACCAUGGGAAAAAGGAGGGAACAUUUCUGGAGAAAAUCAGAGCUACCAAUUUCUUCUGAUCGCUCUAAAAAAAACAAUUUCUUCAUUUUUCUUCACAAAACACAUAUGUAGACGUUCAGGUAGAACUCAGGAUGCUCAAAGUGAAGUCGGACCAAUGAUAGGAGCUACAGUUUGGACAGGGCUCUCUUAUUAUUAUUAUUAUUAUUAUUUAUUGUCAUUUUAUCAUUAGCUGUCAGCUGAAUGUAGUGCAGUAGAAGUACAAAUUACAGUAAAGUACUUCGGUAAAUGUUCUCCGUUACUUUCGGCAGAUCUGAUGAACGUUUUUUUCAUUGUUUGUUUUUCUACAAACAACCUAUUUAACAUUUUUCUCAAAUAUGAAUAUUAUUAAUAAAUGCCAAACAGCAGCCCUGUCAGUAUUUCUGUAUAAACUGUUAGUAAAUGUCUUAUUUUUAUUAUUUAUUUUGUUUUUAUAUCUUUCUGUUUGUAUUUUUGAGCUGCUCUAACGACUAAAUUUCCACUGCGGAUUUAUCUUGUUUUACUCAGAAAUAAAGAACAGAAAGAAACAGAAACAGCUGUUAAACAUCUGUUUGCUCUGUUAUCGAUUAAAAAAAAGUUCAGUUUAUUAAUG